GCGUGUCGCGAUAUAUAGGCGGAGGACGGAGCUUGUCGGUCGGUCGGUCGCCCUCGCGCGUCAGGCACGUCGCAACCCCCAACAUCGUAACGUCGCAGGUCGCCGGGUCUCCCGACCAUGAGAAGAGGAGCGUCAGGUGCCGUCGUCGCCGGCCGUCAUCACGGGACGUCGUUUCCGCCAGCGUCUACAUCACGCGCGUCCGCAUCGCCGCCCUGGUCGUACCGGAAAUAAAAAUCAGCGUCUAAGGAACCGUUGUCAACCGUUGGCGAAGGAGAGGACCGGAGCGAGGAAACCGGUGGCACGCGUCGACGAGCCUCUUCCGGUGCGAUCUCGCGGCCGCGGCCGAGAGGAAGAGGAAGAAAGAAGAGGGACAGAGGAGCCGUGUCGGCGACUCUCCGGGGAGACGUACGAAGCGGGUGGAAAAGAAAAGGAGGUGGUGAUUGCACGGCAUGCGGUCUUGAGAGCACGCACGAACAGGUGGCGAGGCGGGACCUCUCUCGCGGAGGACUCGGUGGCUGGCGAGAAAGAGGACGAGGAGGGAAGAGUGGAGAGACGCGUCGCGACGGAAUACGUGCAGAUACAACGGCACGGCCUCUGAUGAGUCCGCGACGUCUCCGGAACAAGAUCGAGACGCGUUCUCGGCGCUCAACAUCGAGGCGUUAUUUUCUACACUAUUAGAAACCGAACAAGGUAAACUGGACAAUCAAUCACCGCUGUGAGGAUCAACCGUGAGGAGACACCCUUCUGGUAGCGACCUGCAAUCAUGCUCAGUCCCAAGAUGCAAAAAACUGUGAGAGUAAAUGAUUCCCAGCUGAUCAUGAUCUCGGAGAAGGCACAUUACGAUCAUUCGCUGUCGGGAUACUUGUACAAGCGGACAGCUGACUCCACCAAGUGGCAGCAACGAUGGUUCGUUCUCUACCAGAAUCUGCUGUUCUAUUACGAGAACGAGACUUGCUCACGGCCCAGCGGCGUCGUUCUGCUGGAAGGCUGUUAUUGCGAUCGACUCAUCACCGCCAAAGGCAAAGAGCCGGAUAAACAGCACUGUUUCGCGAUAUCAUACAGGAGGGAGAACCAACGGCAAUACGAGCUAAAAGCGGCCACGGAGACGGACUGCAAAGCGUGGAUCGAUGCGAUACGAGAAGCUAGCUUCAACAAAUUGUCACUACAAAAGGAGGAGCUCGAGCAGAAGCACCUGCACCUGUUGCAAAUCGUCGAGAGCGAGAAAACGGCCAAGUGGCAGUACACUCAGCAGUGCGAGGAAUUGGCGUCGGAAAUAAAAAAACUCCGAGCGGAGCUAUGCGCCCUGAAAAAGGAGCUGAGACCUUCCGUGGUGCCGAUAUACGCCGGCCGACCGGCGGUUCAAAGAACCAUGUCCCAGGGUACCGGAAGUUUGUACAGCACAUUCCACCCGUACGGUAUCGGUUCCGCCGGUUGCUUCGCUCCCGGAUUGCGUGACAUCGCGGAGGGCUCCAUUGAGAUGCAAAAAGUUAAGAAGGUCCAGAGCUUCUUCAGGGGCUGGCUGUGCCGGCGGCGUUGGAAGCAGAUUGUUGAGCAGUACAUCAAGAGCCCGCAUGCCGAGAGCAUGCGCAAGCGGAACAGCCUGGUAUUCCAAAUGGUGGAGGUCGAGGAGGAGUACACGGAGCAGAUGGAGAUUUUAGUAAGCUGUUUUCUGAGGCCUUUCAAGAUGGCUGCCAGUUCAAAGAAACCCCCAUGUUGUCACGAGGACGUGAAUAGCAUAUUUUUGAAUAGCGAGACCGUGCUGUUUCUCCAUCAAAUCUUCCUGAAGGGUCUCACUUCGCGUAUGGAGAGCUGGCCCACUUUAGUUUUAGGUGAUUUGUUCGACAUGCUGCUACCGAUGUUAUCCAUAUAUCAAGAGUACGUGCGAAACCACCACUAUAGCCUUCAAGUGUUGACUGAGUGCAAGCAAUCGCCACCGUUCGUGGCGUUGCUCAAUAGGUUGGAGAACAAGACUGCCUGCCACGGACGAUCCCUCGAGACCUUUCUAACAUAUCCUAUGCAUCAGAUUCCAAGAUAUAUAAUUACUUUGCACGAGUUAUUGGCGCAUACGCCGUAUGAUCACGUGGAACGUAAGAGCCUCCAGAAUGCCAGGCAAGCGCUGGAGGACCUCUCGAGGCAAAUGCACGACGAGGUCAGCGAGACGGAAAAUCUGAGAAAGAAUCUAGCAGUGGAGCGAAUGAUUGUCGAAGGAUGCGAUAUUUUACUGGACGUUAAUCAGGUCUUCGUUAGACAGGGUACGCUCAUACAACUUGUGGACAAACCGCGCGGCGCGCGAAGCAGAUUGAGCGCAACGUUCGGUGGCAAAGCGAGCGACAGGGAAACUGUCAGACAGUGCUUCCUCUUCUCGAAUCAUCUGUUGCUCACGAUUCGUCAGUCCGACGACGACGGCCGAUUAAAUCUGGUUCCGCAAAUUGGCAAGAUACCCCUUUCCGACGCGGUGCUGAUUGAGGAUCCGAGCGAUCAGGGUGUCGUAGAUGACGAUGGACUGUCAGUAUGUUCGAUGUCAAGUGGCAUUAGCGAGAGCAGCGGAAGCGGCAGCGGCAGCGGGGCGUCCCAACUGCAGAAUCGAGAUUUCAAGAUUGUACUCGAUAUAAAAUCCGGUGGGCCACAGGUGACCGUCCAUCUCGUGGCGCCUACCAUGCAAGAGAAAGCGGCUUGGGUCAGCGACAUCAGUCAAUGUAUGGACAAUGUUCAAUUUAACGACCUGCUCCACGGAUCGCUGUCGGACACUAGCUCUGUCACGAUGCCGCAGUCCAUCCGGAACGACCCGAAGCUGUUUAAGGACGACGUAGACAUCAGGUUCAGUCGUACUUUGAACUCCUGCAAAAUACCGCAGAUUCGCUCCGCGACGCCCGAGCGGCUGCUGCAGCGACUGACCGACCUCAGGUUCCUUAGUAUCGAUUUCCUCAACACGUUUCUGCUGACGUACCGUGUGUUCACCGACGGCGUCACGGUGCUGGAGGCCCUCAAGAAAGUUUUUUACGAAGCCGAGCCGCCGGACUCGCAAGUACCCACCGGAUCCCUCGUAUCCUUAGAUGUAUUAGGAGUAAAUGCCAGCGAACUAUAUUCCGAGGACCGAAGGAAAAGUAGCUUUUCACCGAGACGAACUAGCGGUGCGAGCUCAGUAUCAGGAUAUGGAUCAGAAGUGAGCGACACUCGCGACGCGAAAUCCCACGGGUCCUAUGACGUUAAUGCCAGCGGAUACAAUUCGAAAUGGCGAUCUGGUUACAAAAAGCUGGAGGAGGAACAACCGCUCGGGCUCAUCUCCGAGGCCCCAGUCAUAAAACGCAGUCCAACGUCCAGUCCGUCGUUACAAUCUCCGGCCAUGCCGCGGAAAAUUAGUAUUCGCGUGGAUAACCAGGACAUCGAGAACGACGGGUGUCAUCUAACAAUACCGAAAGUAAUAGCCGUGUCGUCCAGUUCGGAAACACUUACAGACGUUACAGCAAUCAGCGCACCAUCCUCGCCAAGCAACUUGAGCUCUGUGACGCUAGUCGGUUCGACGGAAUCUGGAUCCGGAUCCGGAUCUGGAUCGGAUCCAAGCCCUCAAGAGGGAGGUACUUACUCACGUCGUGUCUCGGAAUUUGAAACACCUGUCACAACAGAAGAGUAUACAAAAGGAAUACAGUUUACUUAUGACGACAUACCAUCAUUAUCGCAAUCGGUCGAGUCUGGCAAGUCGGACACGCCGAAAACGCCGGACACGCCGAAAACGCCGAAAACGCCAAAGACACCGGACACCCAGAGAACGCCGAGAACGCCGAAAACACCGAAAACGCCGGACACACCGAGAACGCCGAAGACACCGAAAACGCCGGACACACCGAGAACACCGGACACGCCAAGAACGCCGGAGACGCCGAGAACACCGAAAACGCCGAAAACACCUGUCUCUCCGUUAGUAAAGGAGGCCAAGGAGAGCAAAGAAGAACAGGCUUUGUCGCUAUCGUCGAACGACGACGAUAGUGUAAAUUCUGUUAAACUAAUCAGCCAAUCGACGCAGCAGAGUCAACAGUAUUCGGAGCAUAGGGCAUCGAUUGCUUCCGCGCCAGCAUCCACCGGACCAAGGAGCGGCUCAUUCUCCGCCAUAUCUAAUUAUCGGGUAAGCAGGCGGUCGACGCAUGACGAUAUCUCGCAGCAGAGCAGCUAUCAGCCUGACAUUCAGGUUUCCAGUAAGGCCGGUGUGGUAAUAACCAGCUCUCGGCAGAGUCAUCGAAGCAUUGGACCUGAAUCUAUCUGGAGCAGCACGUCCACGGCGGCGACCGCGUUUGCUAUCGCGACCUCCGCCUCCAGCAAUCCACCGGACAAAGGGCCGCUGUCCGUGAACGACAGCCGUUACAACCGGGAUAGGAACAGGCGGAAGGAGUCGGUGAUGUCGACCGCCGCGACGAUGAGGGUGCUGAACGUCCUGAGGCACUGGGUAUCCAAGCACGCCCAGGACUUCGAGUUGGAUCAGAAAUUGAAGAGCAUGACCAUUGAGUUUUUGGAGGAUAUCAAUUACAGUCCCAACCUGCUGCCGGCUGAGCACAAGGCGGCCACUCAACUUCUGCGAUUAAUUACCAAAGAAGAGGCCGAGACCAACAAGGUCGAUCUGAAGAAAUUGCUAACUCCGCCAAUAAUUCCGAGUAAGGAGAGCAUCGAGACCCUAUCUGCCCUCGAGAUUGCCGAACAGAUGACGUAUCUGGACCACCAUAUAUUCAUCUCUAUCGCCAGCGAAGAGUUUCUCGGACAGGCGUGGAUGAAAACGGAUAAGGCGACUCGCGCGCCACAUAUUCUACUCAUGACGAAGAGAUUCAACGAAGUCUCGCAGCUAGUUGUUUCCGAGAUUAUUCGUCGCUCCAACAUGUCGGCCAGAGUCGCAGCUAUCGAGAAAUGGGCCGCGGUCGCCGAUAUCAAUAGGGUUCUGCACAAUUAUAACGGCGUGCUGCAGAUAUGCGCUGCGUUCACCAACAGCAGCGUGUACAGGCUGAAGAAAACUUGGGACAAGGUUUCUAAGACGACAAAGCAAACGAUAGAAAGACUUCAGCAUAUCGUUUCAUCCGACGGGCGGUUUAGAAAUUUGCGGGACGCCUUGCACCGAUGCGAUCCACCCUGUAUCCCUUAUUUAGGUCUUUACCUCACCGACCUCUCGUUUAUCGAAGAGGGUACUCCAAACGUUACCGAGGGUCUUUUGAAUUUCUCGAAAAUGCGAAUGAUUUCUCAUGUAAUCCGCGAAAUACGGCACUUCCAGCAAACUCCCUAUAAGAUUGAACUAGUCAUUAAGGUAACCAACUAUCUGCUGGACACCUCGCUUCUGGUGAACGAGAAGGAUUUGUAUCGCAUGUCCUUGGACCUCGAGCCCAGGACAUCCAGGUUGAGUAGUUCUACCUUGAUCGACCUACCACCUUCGGUCAGCCACGUGGCUACAAAGUAAAUUCGCUUCGUUCCGAAAUUCUGUGAGGCUACUCAACUCUAUCUUCAUUUCAAUGAACGAAAAAGGGAAGUCUAGACUCGAAGGGAUGAACUAUUCGUUGCGCUCGGCCGAUUGACGACGAUCGCGAACGCGACUCGUCGUGUCAUCAGCCCCGUCCACUUCUGUCCACCUUCGCUUGUAACGUGACGUCCGUUUACUUCCGUUGUCAUUUCGGUUUUAUUUAUUGCGACGUAUCUGCGCAAGAGUUACAUAAAUAAGCUCAACAAUGAUCUCACCGUCGCACAGAAUCGGCCUCGUGGGAGGAAAUUUCUUUGAUAGAUAUUACAAUUGCAGAAAAUUAUAACCAAAAUUGAAUUUCAACGUAACUUUCCAGAUUUACCGGAACUGCUACCGGUUGUCUCUUCUUAUUAUUUUUCCCUCUAUUAUUGCGACAGUUAAUUUUUAUUUCUACUUAAAAGAAACUUUAACAAAUAUCCCAUCUCUAUCCAAAGUUUGGAAAGAACUGACAAAGAAACUCGCAAAUUGUAAGAAAAGCAUUUACUAGUAACGUGUAUAGAUUACAGAAGAUUAAAUGCGUGACUGUAUAAAGAAAUCUGCUGAAGAUAAGAAUGCAAAAUAUUAAUAAUGAAUGUAGGAAGACUUUCUUGUAAUAACAUGAUUAUGCUUCAUCUCUUCGUGUUGUUGACAAAGUAAUAAUCUCACUCAGAAGUGUGGUCAGUUUGAUCUGUCCGAUAAAUGAUCCAUAUUUCACGGGAUAUCCGAAUUUUCUACAAAAUAAAGGCUGUUGUUAACACCGACGAGGUGAUCGCGGUGACGGUAACAAAGAACUGUUAUUGAUUUUAGUUUAGCUAAGCUCAAUCAAGCCAGUAUUAUUGCGCGAGGCGUAUAAGCAGUUUAAACGAGUAUACUUAAGAGAAUCGAUGAGAAGCGUGAAAGGCGAUUGGAAAUUACAUUCUGACAAUCAAUAGCAUAACGAUAUCGCUGUUCUUUCGUUCGUUCUAAUUGUUGCUACGAAUAUCAAAGCAAAGAAACUCGCUUGUCAAACGGCCGAAGACCGGCUUCGAUCUUGGACCAUUAGUUUUUGAAAAUGUACACGUCAGCAUCGCAACGUCUCGUUUUCGUUAAGCGAUUUGUUUUAACGUGUUCUUGAAUUUUCGACUCCAGCAGCGUCCUGAUUUGGAUGUUUACGGUUGAAACGACAAUUGUAAGUCCGAAACGUACAAAGCUAUGCACAAGUUUUCUCCGUUUGCCAAGCGAGGUGUAAAUCUUACACAAAAGGGUAUACAUAUCAACUAUAUUUAACAUAAUUCCAGAUCAGUGUCUCUCUCUUGCCCGCCUCUAUAUUUUUAUUCAACAUUUAUACCAAUAGCAAGACAGGACCAGAUAGUUUGGAACUGGAAUUCCGUUCACACACACACACA